GAGGAGGAGCAGGAAGAUAUAAAAGAGAAGGUUCAAGAGUGCAGGAGUGCGGACCUAUUGCAGCUGAUGAACGACCACCAAAACAAGUUGCAAUGUCUUGCAUGAAUGGAACCAAUGAAUUCUUGAAAAAUAAGAGCAGACCACAUGAUGAUAUUGUGAGCUCAAUACAAGAGAUGGAGAUGGUCCUAGGGUGCACUGAUUCGAAUGAGUCAGUCAUUCAGGGGAACCUGGCGGCCCAGUUCUACAAGCCGAAGGGGAGUUUUAACGGUCUGAAUUUCAAGGCCAAAAAAGAAAUGGAGUUGUCCGUGGAUGACCCAGAUAGUCUGGUGGAGGUGAACCUUCCUCCUGAGCUUCUAGAGGAGGGGGAGGACAACACUAUUAUGUUCUGCAUGAUCGAUGCUGUUGCACAAUUUGAGGAGCUAAGUGUCUCAGGUGGACGAAUCUAUGGGAUCAGCAUCUGUAAUAAGAAUAUCUCAGGGUUGAAUCAGCGCGUCAACAUCACAGUCAGUCUACCCAGUGCUGACAUAAGGGAAAACAAGGAGCCAAAUUGUACAUUUUUGGAUUUCUCAAGCAAUGAUUUCAAGACAGAUGGCUGCUUAACACAGUGGAAUAAAGCAGAAGAAAAAGUCAUCUGUUCCUGCAACCACUUGACCUACUUCGCUGUACUGAUGGUGAGCCCUAAUGUCAGCAGUAGUGAUGCGGUGACCCUGAGCUACAUCUCUCUGAUCGGCAGCAGCAUCUCCCUCAUUUUCCUGCUCCUCACCGUCCUCAUGCUCAUCAUACACAGGCAGGCCAGCUCAGACGUGUCUAUGAAGAUCCAUAUGAAUUUGGCUUUAGCUCUGAUUCUGUUGAAUGCCCAUUUCCUGUCCAGCCCCUGGGCGGCCUCUCUGGCGCCCCCUGGUGGUUGUGUCUAUGUGGCCGUCAUGCUGCACUACAGCCUUCUGGCCACCUUCAGUUGGACGGCCAUCGAGGGCUUCCACCUGUACCUGCUGCUGGUGCGCGUCUUUAACAUCUACGUCAGGAGAUACCUGCUCAAGCUGGGCCUGCUGGGCUGGGGUGUUCCUACAGUUGUUGUGAGUUUAGUCCUGAUCAUCGACAGAAGUGUAUAUGGCCUUGUGACCGUCAUACCCCCUGGAAACAACACCGAUACCACACUACAAAUGUGCUACGUCAGCAGUGACGUGGUGAAGCUGGUGACCACGGUGGGGGGCUUUGCGCUGGUGUUUGUGUGUAACCUGGGCGUGCUGGCGGUGACGCUGCGGCUGAUGCUGCAGCUGCGUGAGAGUGAGAGUGGCGCCCCCUCUGGUGAGCAGCGGCGGCGCGGGCGUGUGUGCAGAGACGCGUGCUCGGUGAUGGCCAUCUCCUGCAUGCUGGGCAUCACCUGGGGCCUCGUUCUCUUCUCCUUCAGCCAGCUCACCCUGCCUGGCAUCUACCUAUUCUGCACACUCAACUCCUUCCAAGGCUUUUUCAUCUCCAUAUGGUUUUGCGUGUCCAGACUCUCCCCGAACUCAAAGAGUGAAAACAGCACUGAGACACAUAGCAUGCAAGGCUAGGACGAUGGAGUCACACACACUCAUAUAGGUUAACAUUUCAUCACCCAGUUAAAUAUACUAUCUAUAACCAUGGCAAUAGGCUAUUCUUAUCAUCAUAGUAAAAUAUGUUGCCCUAUUUUCUGAUGUUGGCCAUGUCCAGGUUAGAUGCAAGAGCAUCAUCUGACACACCUUGCAGGCUCCCUGCAUUUGUGUUGUCUGCUCAUUGUGUCCCAACCAUGUUACAAUUGUUUGAAAUGCAGUUUUGAUUCCAAGGCCUAGUGUAAGGUCUUCAUAAUAUCUUCUGUGCAAUUUUGAUUCCAAGGCCUAGUGUAAGGUCUUCAUAAUAUCUUCUGUUUUGAUUCCAAGGCCUAGUGUAAGGUCUUCAUAAUAUCUUCUGUUUUGAUUCCAACGCCUAAUGUAAGGUCUUCAUAAUAUAUUCUGUUUUGAUUCCAAGGCCUAGUGUAAGGUCUUCAUAAUAUCUUCUGUGCAGUUUUGAUUCCAAGGCCUAGUGUAAGGUCUUCAUAAUAUCUUCUGUGCAGUUUUGAUUCCAUCGCCUAGUGUAAGGUCUUCAUAAUAUAGGGGCAGCCGUGGCCCACUGGU